CGAUAUUUAAAAAUGGGAGGAGAAGUGGAAGAAUUACAUUAAAAGUGGACAAAAGCUAGACAAAAGUACAAGACAAGUGUAUAAUUCAAGGGGAAAAAAAAGUGUAAAAUACAAUUAUAGACAAAAGUUAAGAGAGAAAGUGGAAAAAGUAAAAUGCAAGUGUAUAAGUUAAGGGUAAAUUAGGAAAUUUAAUGAAUAAAGUAAAAAAAAAAAAAAGUAUAAUGGUCUUUACAUAAAAGAACUAUAUAUGUGGGGCGGAGGGAGUAUGACUCACAAGAUCAUCUAAAAAAGUGAUUAUAUCACAUAUCAUUCAGAAUGUGACUGUAUUAUUAGAGAAUAUUAAACUUUGGGUUUACAAUAAUUUAUUGUAGAUCGGGUCCAUAUAAGACCUGCUGAUCCCAAAAUUUACAUUCAAAAAAAAAAAAAAAAAAAAAAAAACCAAAGACACCAUUAACCGGUUUAGAAAAACCGGGAUUAGGUUUGGGAAUUUCCUCAAUUUCUCCUUGGUUGUUUAUACUACUGGUAUGGUCUUAGCUCCGGUCACCCCUUCACUCUCAUCAACCUCCAUUUUCUCUCUCAUCACUCUUCUCAGUCUGUAUAUCCGUUAAUUUCAAUUAAAUUUUUUAAAAAAGUCCUUUUCCGUCUUCGUCUGGCGCGAAAAUGCACUUCAAAAUUCGAUUACCCUAUUCAUUUAUUCACGAAAUUUGAUUAGAAAUAAAGCUGAAAAUCCAAAUCAAAAUCAUGGGUUUGGGUAUUUGAGGUGAGAUAAUUGAUGGGAUUGUAGGAUUACAAAGCGAUAUGGAAUCUAGGGUUCCAAUUCAUAAUCAUAGUAGCAUUGAUAAUGAUGAAAGUAACAUCAAUAAUGUUAAUAAUAAUAUCAAUAUAAGAUCAGUAGAUUCUUACAUUGAUGGGAGAAAUUUAGAUGAAGUUAAAAAAGACUGCAAAAUCGACAGAAUUAGCAACGGUGAUCGUGAUGCCAUUACUGAAAAUAGUUUAGAUCACGAGGAGGGCUCUAAUAACAUUGAUUGCUUGGAUGAGGUAUACAAGACCCCAAUUCAGAUUCCUAACAUUGGUGUUGAAGAUGAUCGAUCUAGUCUAGAAAGUAGUGGGUCUCUAAGAAAUUCCUGUCAUGCCUUAACAGCAAAGGAUGUUUUGCCAAUUGAAACUGCAAGGGCAAGAUUCUUGCAAAUUGUUGUGGAUAAUUUUAUCACUGAGCAUACUAUUGAGAAGCCGGGUGCUUAUAUUGAUAAUAUUGUUGAGCCUGGAGGUGAUAAAUCAAACAAGAGAAAGUCUGCUGAAGUUCAAUAUGAAGGAGAUCCAAGGUUUGUUUUGCCGCUGAUGUAUGUGGCUAAUUUGUACGAAACUCUGGUGAGUGAAGCGAACAUAAGAAUUGCUUUAUUAAAUGGUUUGCGUGAAAAGACUAUUGGAGUAGCUCUAGAAGCAUCUGGCGGGCUCUACAGAAAGUUGACUCAGAAAUAUCCUAAAACAGGCUCUUAUUCUUUUAAACGACGGGAAUUGGCUACUUCUCUCGAAACAAGGACUAGGUUUCCAGAAUUAGUUGUCCAAGAAGAGAAGAGGGUUCGUUUUGUGGUGGCCAAUGGCUUAGAUAUUGUUGAGAGACCAACUGUUGUUCCUGUUGAUGAUGCAGAAUGGUUCAAGCGUUUGACAGGUCGGACUGAAAUAGCAAUUACAGCUAGGGACUAUAAGUUUUACAACCCAAGGCAUAAAGUUAGGCGUGCUUUAUCAAACACUUCACCGACUGUCCCUGGUUUGCUUUCAUACAAUAGCAACAGUGAUCACGAGUUCCAGUCUGCAACAGAGAAUCCACGGGAGCAGGAGACACCAUCCAAACAUUCUUUGGUGACAUUGGCUCGCCAGCCACGAUAUGAUACCAUUAUCCUUAAUCAUCAUCAGUCUCUUAACCAGAAUCAACAGGCUACUCUCUUAGCUUGCACUCAUGAAAGUGGGCAAUCUUCCCAUUUACCAGACAUUGCUCAUGGCCAUGAAUCUCCGACUUUUUCUCAGAACAUGGCAUCAUUAGAGUCUCUAGGAGGAAGUCAUGUAGUAGGUCGUUUACAUGUGAUGCCAACUAGUCCCGCAAAGUUUUGUGAUGAAUGUGGAUCUCCGUACUUGAGACCGACUUCCAAGUUCUGCUCAGAAUGUGGUACGAAGAGGUUUGGGAUAUGAGUCGCUCUUGGUAAUUUAUGCACGAUUCUUGUGGCCUCAAAAUUCGUUCAUUGUUAAUUUUUAUGUUCAUAUGAUUGAAGCUAAUAUAUGUAUACAUUUUCAUGAACUCCUGAACAAUGGUUCUGUUAUAAUUGCUUUAUUUCCCCCCCCCCCCCUUCAAUAACUCUUGUAUACGGCAGACAUUCGUCAAUAUUAUUAAAACAGUUAAUUUGAGGAUAAUUUUUAACAAAUUUUAUGGUAACUUUUACCUAUUGUGUAAUAUGUAAGGGUAACUUAAACUUCUAAUCAGUUUAAUUGUAUUUUAUGGAACUUUAAAUACUUUUAAGGUACUUCUUAUUAAUGAAAGUACUUCUUAUUCUAGAAUUUGUGUUCCGCUUUUGUUACCAUCUUUACUAGGAGAAAUGGAGAAAGAUAACAUUUUUUCCCACUAUGAUUAGGUUCUUAUUUACAUAUCUUAAUCAUGAUAUGAUUAUAAGAAAAUCUAUCCAAGGAUUUUUAUAAUAUAAGUUUAUUAAUUAAAGGAAAUUUAGAUUUCUAAAAAAAAAAAGAAAAAUAAUAAAAAAAAGAAAAAAUAAAAAUAAAAAUAAAAAUUUAACACCAUCGAAAUUUUAAGAAAUUGGUUUUUGCCUCCACUUAACGAAUUCUUGGAUGGAAUCCGUUAGUGAGACCCAUAAGGCGUACAUGUUAGCAUUUUAUAGUUUCAAAAUAAUAAAAAAAUUUAAAAAAAAAACAAAAACAACCCAGCCACCCC